AUGGCUGAUCAUUCAAUCAAAAUGCUAGCUCCGGAUGUCAACAGGGCUGUAGCGGAAUCCGUGUCGCAGAGGCUCGGGAUCCCCCUGACAAAGACGCACAUGAAGAGGGAUGAGACUGGUGAAGUUUUGUUUACUAUUGGCGAGUCCGUGAGGGACCAGGAUAUAUACAUCAUCGUGCAAAUAGGGUCUGGGGAGGUGAACGACCGAGUGUUGGAGUUGCUGAUUAUGAUCAAUGCGGCGAAGACUGCCUCUGCGAGGCGGAUCACCGUCGUGAUACCCAGUUUCCCCUACGCGAGACAGGACAGGAGGGAUAAGUCGAGGGCCCCAAUAACGGCGAAAUUGAUGGCCGACAUGCUAACGACAGCAGGAUGUGAUCACGUCGUCACGAUGGACCUGCACGCUUCACAGAUACAAGGGUUUUUCGACGUGCCCGUGGACAAUCUGUACGCGGAACCCAGCGUCGUGCGGUACAUAAAGGAGAAUUGCGACUACAAGAAUGCGAUCAUUGUGUCGCCGGAUGCCGGUGGUGCGAAGCGGGCCGCGGGGCUUGCCGAAGACUUGGACUUGAACUUCGCGCUGAUCCACAAGGAAAGGGCGAAGGCUAACGAGGUAUCGAGGAUGCUUCUUGUCGGGGACGUCACGGACAAGACGUGCAUCAUCGUCGAUGACAUGGCAGACACGUGUGGGACUCUGGUCAAGGCUGCGAGUAUAUUGAUGGGCCACAGGGCGCGUAACGUGAUUGCGAUUGUCACGCACGGUGUGCUCUCUGGGAAUGCCAUUGCAAACAUCAACAACUCGCAGCUGGAGAAACUUGUAUGCACCAACACGGUCCCUUUCCAAGCCAAGAUGAAACUGUGCCCAAAACUCGACGUGAUAGACAUCAGUUACGUCCUCGCGGAGAGUAUUCGCCGUCUACACAAUGGUGAGAGUAUCUCAUACCUAUUUAAAAGCCAUGUGCUGUGA